CCCGCCGCUCGUCCCCGCCGCGGCCGCGCCGCCUGCAGCAGCAGCAGCAGCAGCAGCAGCAGCUGCUCCUCCCCGGCGGCCGCCCCCCGCGUCCCUCCGUGGCUGCGGGAGAGACGGAGGUAGAGGGAGGACGCAGCUCCGCCGCGCGCCCCGAAGACCUUCGCCUGGCCCUGCCGGUCCUCACCCUUUGGGGGGAACAUGGAUAAUCUCAGUGAUACCUUAAAGAAACUGAAGAUAACAGCUGUUGACAAGACUGAGGAUAGUUUAGAAGGAUGCUUGGAUUGUCUGCUUCAAGCCCUGACUCAAAACAAUAUGGAAACAAGUGAAAAAAUGCAAGGAAGUGGAGUACUUCAGUUGUUUGCAAGUCUGUUGACACCACAGUCUUCCUGUACAGCCAAAGUAGCUAACAUCAUAGCAGAAGUAGCCAAAAAUGAAUUUAUGCGAGUUCCAUGUGUGGAUGCCGGAUUGAUUUCACCACUGGUGCAGCUGCUAAAUAGCAAAGACCAGGAAGUGCUGCUUCAAACGGGCAGGGCUCUAGGAAACAUAUGUUACGAUAGCCAUGAGGGCAGAAGUGCAGUUGACCAAGCAGGUGGUGCACAGAUUGUAAUUGACCAUUUAAGGUCACUGUGCAGUAAAACAGAACCCGCCAAUGAGAAGCUCUUGACUGUCUUUUGUGGCAUGCUGAUGAACUAUAGCAAUGAGAAUGAUUCCCUUCAAGCACAGCUUAUCAAUAUGGGUGUUAUCCCUACCUUAGUCAAAUUGCUGGGUAUCCACUGCCACAACGCAGCUCUCACAGAAAUGUGUCUUGUUGCAUUUGGAAAUUUAGCAGAACUUGAGUCAAGUAAAGAACAAUUUGCCAGUACAAACAUUGCUGAAGAGCUUGUAAAACUCUUCAAGAAACAAAUAGAGCAUGAUAAGAGAGAAAUGAUUUUUGAAGUUCUGGCUCCACUGGCAGAAAAUGAUGCUAUUAAACUACAGCUGGUUGAAGCAGGCCUGGUAGAGUGUCUUCUAGAGAUUGUUCAGCAGAAGGUAGAUAGUGACAAAGAGGAUGAUGUUGCUGAGCUUAAAACUGCAUCAGAUCUCAUGGUUUUAUUACUUCUUGGAGAUGAAUCCAUGCAGAAGCUAUUUGAAGGAGGAAAAGGCAACGUGUUCCAAAGGGUACUUUCUUGGAUUCCAUCAAAUAACCACCAGCUACAGCUUGCUGGAGCAUUGGCAAUUGCAAAUUUUGCCAGAAAUGAUGGAAAUUGUAUUCACAUGGUAGACAAUGGAAUCGUAGAAAAACUGAUGGAUUUGCUGGACAGACACGUAGAGGAUGGCAAUGUAACUGUGCAGCAUGCAGCGCUCAGUGCCCUCCGAAAUCUGGCCAUCCCAGUUGUAAAUAAAGCAAAGAUGUUAUCAGCUGGGGUCACAGAGGCAGUUUUGAAAUUCCUUAAAUCUGAAAUGCCUCCAGUUCAGUUCAAACUUCUGGGAACAUUAAGAAUGUUAAUAGAUGCACAAGCAGAAGCUGCUGAACAACUGGGAAAGAAUGUGAAAUUAGUGGAGCGUUUGGUGGAAUGGUGCGAAGCCAAAGAUCAUGCUGGCGUGAUGGGAGAGUCCAACAGACUCCUCUCUGCCCUCAUACGCCACAGUAAAUCAAAAGAUGUAAUUAAAACCAUUGUACAGAGUGGUGGCAUCAAGCAUCUAGUUACCAUGGCAACUAGUGAACAUGUAAUAAUGCAAAAUGAAGCCCUUGUUGCUUUGGCACUAAUAGCAGCUUUAGAACUGGGUACUGCUGAGAAAGACCUAGAAAGUGCUAAGCUUGUACAGAUUUUACACAGGCUGCUAGCAGAUGAGAGGAGUGCUCCUGAAAUCAAAUAUAACGCCAUGGUCCUAAUCUGUGCUCUCAUGGGAUCUGAAUCUCUACAUAAGGAAGUGCAGGAUUUGGCCUUUCUAGAUGUCAUAUCCAAACUUCGCAGUCACGAGAACAAAAGUGUUGCCCAGCAGGCCUCUCUCACAGAGCAGAGACUUACUGUGGAGAGCUGAGAACUGCCAGACUCCCAACAUGGCACCAUGCCAUCUCCGAUUUCCCUUUAGUCCUACUCCAGCUGACUCUUCUACUUCAUUCUCUACCACACCACUUGUGCAUGCGUGUAAUGUUCCAGUACCAAUUGAAGAACUGCUGUAGGUACCUGGCUAAUAAGAUUUCUAAACCCAUAGUUAGUGUGAACAUGACUGUCAAAACGAGUCUCUACCCAUAACUGUUCUCUUGUAUUCCUGUUGCUUGAGCUACAUUAAGUAGAAUGUGCAUGUUGUAGUCCUAUGAUGAUCUAAACUUGGUACUACAUAUGACUUGCUCCUCACAUGUGGUAAACUACAUAAUAUGUACUGGUAAAUUGGAAACAGAAUGCAGCAGGAUCUUUCUAGCUUAUUUAAAGGUGAAACUCUAUAGGAAAAUGUAGAUCUUUUUUUUUUUUUUGGGUGCUUGGAAAACACAAUGACCAAAAAAACUAUAUGACUGCUCAUUCUUUAAUCUUACUUACUAAUGUUAAGCCCAUGGUACCUAGAGUUAAAUAAAUUCCAAUGCCCUCACUCCUUACCCUAUGGUUUCUCCUUUUUCCUAACUAUGUAGACUACUGAAACUGCCACAAACUUGGCAAGACUUCCUAAGGUUUCUGGUUCCAUCUUAAUUGACAGUCAUCAGUAGCCUGAUGUUGAAAACAUUUAUAGUUUUCAAUGUGGAGUAGAAUUAAGGGAUUAGAGAAUCCCUACUACACUAUAUAUUUGGGUUUUCCUGUAUUUUAGAUUCUGAAAUAUGUGUAGUUUCACCUCAGAACUUCUUCAGUCAUUUAAUCAGCAUUGUCCAACACUUUGUCUUUAGAAGUCAUUUGGCAUUUGUUUUCAACUGAGGAAGUUUGAGUAUAGCACAUCGGAGAAUGGACUUUUUUUGGUUUUUCGUUUUUCAGCAUUCAGAUUGAAAGCUAGGAGUUUCAUCUUUCAUAGUUGUUUUAAAUCUUGUACUAAUACUAGCAUGACAUAGGAGGAAAGAUGAAGAAAUAAGCUUGUCUCGCUGAAAGAAAGGAAGGCAGGUUAUAAAAGCCAUAGUAGCCAGUCCAGUCCAUUCUGCAGAUGCUUCAUACCAAUCACUGUUGGAAUUUCCCUCCUUCACUCGCACUGAGACCUGCAGUAGUCUCCCAGGCUAUAAGGAAGCCAAGACUCGAGAUGAGAAGAACCCCCUUGGCAAAUAUAGUGUGCUUUUCACUGCCACUACCACCACCAAACGGGUUUUUAGAGCUUUGAAACACAACCUUUGUAAGUUAAUAAGAACAUCCUGUGACCCACCUGUGACUCCCCAUAGCCAAGUCUGACCGCUACUGGCCUAGAAGGGAGGGCGGGCUCCACUGCAGAAGGAGUGUGGAACAGUAGAAAGGGCUGCCAAGGAGGUGACAGGAGCCCCUCCUCCCAACACGAGGUACCAUACAUCAGUGGAUAAUCUAAGUUGGACUUUUGACUCUAAAACAGCUAGAAUUCAAGAAAGUUAAAACUCUAAUGAAGUGAAGAACCUCUUGACUAAUUAUUCCCUCUGAUGUCCAAAUAAGGGACUAUUGUGAGUGCUUGUGCUACACUUACAAGAAUGACCUUGUUUUUUGUCUUUCUCCUGGGCUGGGUAGUGGACUAUACUUUGUUAAGAUUUGAAAGACAUCUGUAAUGUUGCAUAAUAGAUUGUCCAUAUUAAUAACUUAAUAAAUAAAUAGUAUAUCAACUAUAA